AUGUCGAAAUCAUCAUUUAAUCCACAACCAGAGGAUCCUGUACCAUCGUAUGAAGAGAGCACAGGAUCCUCUACUGCCACUGCGUGGACCCCAGCUACGUUGCAUCAACAACUGGACGAUACCCGACUAACUCGAGUCCGCAACAUCAUAUCAACCUACGUCGACCCCCUUCUUGCUGUGCAGGGUGCUUCUGGUAUCUACAAGACCAUCUUCCUUUUGGUUCCAUCAAACGUGGACUCGCUGCAACAGCAGUAUGCACCUGAUUACUCGUCGUCAUACUCGCCACCACCCAAAGAGCCAGAAGUGGUAGGAUUCUCGACCACAGAUGUCGUCAAACUUAUCCGUCUCAAGGGGGAAGAAAAUACAGUCGAGUUCUGGAGACAGCGUGCCGUCAUGGAAGAGCUGGCGACUAAUCUGCGCAUGCGACUGAAGAUGAGCGGGCACCGUGUGGAGGAGGAAACGGUUGACUCACCGCCACCGCCGCCUCCCACCACAACGCAGGAGCCAUCCACUGCCGUAAAAGAGAAGAAGUCAGGCGGAUGGUUUAGAUCCAAGCCGAAGAAAGCAGAGAAAUCAAAGUCGCUGUGGGAGACUACGGCUCCCAGUGAAGCGACUAUAGUCGAUCAAAAAUUGGGCUGGCGGGCUACGCAUGAGGGCCUUCCCAGCAACACCCCCAGCGACAAGCCAUUGAGUAGAGGCACGGUGCGCGUACUUGUCGAGUGGAAGGAGAUCUGUCUUCGGGUUGAGAAUGCAGUUGGGCUGUAUGACACGCAGAAGGGGUAUGGAAUUUGCCUGUCUGUCGAGGUGGGAGCUUGA